AUGUCUGAUAAACCAGCUGAAGCCAAAUUGUGGGGUGGUCGUUUCACCGGCGCCACGGACCCAUUGAUGGAUCUCUACAAUGCCUCUCUUCCUUACGAUAAGAGAAUGUACGAUGCUGAUUUGACCGGUACUAAGGUGUAUACUGAGGGAUUGAAUAAGUUGGGCUUGAUUAACGAGUCUGAGUUGAAGGAGAUCCACAGAGGCUUGGAGGUGAUUAGAGAGGAAUGGAAGAAUGACAAGUUUGAAGAAAAGGCUGGUGAUGAGGAUAUUCACACGGCCAAUGAAAGAAGACUUGGUGAGAUUAUCGGUAAGCACAUUGCCGGUAAGGUUCACACUGGUAGAUCCAGAAACGACCAGGUUGCUACUGACAUGAGAAUUUAUGUCAGGGAGAACUUGACCAAGCUUCUUGAGUUCUUGGGAACUUUCAUUUCUGCCAUUUUGAAGAGAGCAGAGACUGAGAUUGGCGUCUUGAUGCCUGGUUACACGCAUUUGCAGCGUGCCCAGCCUAUCAGAUGGGCCCACUGGUUGUCGAUGUACGCCACUUACUUCACUGAAGACUAUAACAGAUUGAAGCAGAUUAUUGAAAGAGCCAACAAGUCUCCUUUGGGUGCUGGUGCGUUGGCUGGUCACCCAUACGGCAUUGACAGAGAGUACUUGGCGCAAGGCUUGGGUUUCCAGGGCGUUAUUGGUAACUCUUUGGCAGCUGUUUCAGACCGUGAUUUCGUCGUUGAGACUCUUUUCUGGUCUUCUUUGUUCAUGAACCAUAUCUCUCGUUUUUCUGAGGAUUUAAUUAUUUAUUCCUCAGCUGAGUUUGGCUUUGUUCAGUUGGCCGAUGCCUACUCCACAGGAUCUUCUUUAAUGCCACAGAAGAAGAAUCCAGACUCGCUUGAACUUUUGAGAGGAAAAUGCGGACGUACAUUCGGUGCUUUGUCUGGAUUUAUGAUGUCCUUGAAGUCUAUUCCUUCUACGUAUAACAAGGAUAUGCAAGAAGACAAAGAACCACUCUUUGAUGCCCUUACAACCACUGAACACUCUAUUCUCAUUGCCACUGGCGUGAUCUCCACUUUGAAGAUCAACAAGGAGAAGAUGGAAGGCGCUUUGACCAUGGACAUGUUGGCGACGGAUUUGGCCGAUUACUUGGUCAGAAAAGGUGUGCCUUUUAGAGAAACCCAUCACAUUUCUGGCGAAUGUGUUAGAACAGCCGAGGACCUUAAAUUGUCCGGUAUUGACAAGUUAAGUCUCGACCAAUUACAGAAGAUAGACUCUAGGUUUGGGGAGGAUGUUUUGAGUACAUUUGACUUUGAAGCUAGUGUGGAGAGAAGAACCGCUAUUGGCGGCACCGCCAAAAGCGCCGUUUUGAAACAGUUAGCCAACUUGGGCUCCCAGCUUAAUUAG